GAUACGAUGUUGUCCAGGGCACGUGAAUAAAGUAAUACGGUGAGUAGGGAUCAAUACGCUGCGUAUUGACAUGCCAGAUGAAAGUCUAUUUAUCCCUCCAUUCAUAUCUGUUACCCAUCACCCGACAUAUACUUUGCUUUCCUUUUCAUCUUCUUCUUCAGUAAAUUGUUAGUUUUUGGUUCAACCUUGUUAAAAUGUCAUCAUUUUGGAAGGAUAAUUAUUUCGGUAAUCGUUAUUCUAACGACACAUGGGGAUCAAAUGCUGCCAAUGAGGAGGAGGAGGUUGUGUCUGGAGUCCCUGUUAAUCAAGAAACACAGUUGCCAGACUUGAACAAGACUCCCACUCCACCUGUUGAUGAACCAAAUUACCCGGCGCAUCAAGUGUGUCCAGAUUACGGAUACGGGUAUGAAUCUCCGUACGUGCAACAAAGUGGAUACGGUGUUGAGAAUGCACCUGUUGAUGAACCAUAUUACCCGUCGCAGCAAUCGUAUCCGGGUUAUGGGGUAUACGGGGAUGAAGGUGGAUACGGAAGUUACAGUGGAUACGGUGGUGAUGGUGGAUACGGGGGUGAAGGUGGUUACAGUGGAUAUGGGGGCUACGGUGGAUACGAUAGAUAUGGGGGUGACGGUGGUUACAGUGGAUACGGGGGUGAAGGUGGUUACAGUGUAUACGAUAGAUCUAGGGAUGAAGUUGGAUACGGUGGAUACGAAGAACAUGGUGGAUAUGGUUAUGAGUCCCGUAACACAUCACUUUAUGAACCAUCUACCCCGGGCAAUCCAUUUCAAGUAAAUGAGAAAAAUGGAGGAAAUGGAUUUCGAAGUAGAUAUUCCGGAGCAGCCGCAGCGGAAACGGCGGGCGCGUCCACCGCCAGAUCCUCUAGAGAAUCACCCGUAUUUGGAGUUUCCUCUGGAGUCCGAGGCUGCGCUCCGUUGCGAGAAGCUUCGGAAGAUGCAUAUUGGUGAACACUUUGCGGUUUCGUGGAAAACCCUCCGGAAGCUUGAGGUUGAAGAUUGGGUGCGGGGGUUUGUUCCCGUUGAUUCACCGUGGGAUCGUCUGUUUGAGCUAUCGUUUACGCCGACCUACAGGGAGAUACUAGUCGAGUUUCUGUCGUCGUUCGAGUUUCAUCCUCGUCGGCCAAAUGAGGUUGUGGACCCCGCGCAGCCCCCUCCCCCGCCCGAGGUUUCUUUUCGCAUGGCUGGCCAGGCGCGCGAAAUGUCACUUGCACAGUUUGCGGUGCAUAGCGGUUUGUAUACGGAGGCUGAGAUUGCUACGGAUCUUUAUACGAAGGGGCUCGUAAUGAUUGAUAAACCCACGCUAUUAGGGUUUUGGGAUCUGAUCGCGGACAUCCGUCAUUGGGACCACCACCAAUCCAAGGGGAGGAGUACGCUGAUUGAGGAUCCGCUCUUCAGGUAUUUGCACAAGAUGAUUUCCACUUCGAUCACUGCUCGAAACAAAAGCCGGGAGUGGUGUACGAGUGGUGACUUAUUCUUUUUGUAUUGCCUCUUAUACAAGAGGCCGUGCGCUCUCGCCUACGGGUUGGCGCAGUAUUUCGCCUCCGCGCAUCAUCGACAGGAGCGCGGAAUGCUAUUCGGCGGCGCUUACGUGACCAAGAUAGCCCAUUCGUUGGGCUAUCAUCCGGAGAACGACCGCGGCCGUGUAGGCCCGGCGGCACAGCCAAAGCGGAUGGGGAUGAACACAAUAAACGGGAUGCAUAUUACCAAAGACUUUCCAUGGGGGAAGCGGUUAAAGAAUCUGGACGGCACGCAAUACCAGCUUAAGGAACUGCCAGAAGAGUUCCCUCUGAUUUAUCCCCCGCGGGAUCCGGAGCCGCCGGAGCCGCAUGACCCGGCCGCCGUUCUUCCGCGGCCACCACAGCCGCGUGGACCACCCGGGGCACCCCAGUUCCCACGCCAUGUUAUGCCCGGUCCUGACCCGUCACAUGAGCGGCUGCUUCGAAACGUUGAGAGAAACAAUUAUUUGUUAGAGUGGGUGGCUGCGGCGCUGCAGCAGCAGCGACAGCAUGACGGGUUACCUCCACUACCCUUCAUUGCGGAUGCGGACUGGGAUCAGCAUCAGCGCUCCGGAACGGAGGAUAAACUGGUUAAGGCGUUACGGUUCUAA